AUGCCUUCUCCUUCUCCCAUCCUGCGGGCAGCGUUCCCCGAGUACAAGAGCCCUUACGGCCCCAAGUACCACUACCAGCCCAACUUCAAGGGCAUCACUGCCAGCCAAGUCACUCGUUUUGGCUUCAAGUCCGCUGCCUUCGGCGGAGUUGCUCUCUUCACCGUCAUCUUCUACGCCUCUGGUCUGCCCAGGGUUCAAAGGGACCUUCUUCAGAAAAUCCCCUUCAUCGGCAGCCACUUCGUCCAUGAGAUCCCUGCCUCGGACAACAAGGGCGUGAAGACAGUCUCUAUCUUCAGCUUCGAUGAGAUCGUCUUCGCCAAGCUGGAUUUGGGCUCGACCCUUAUUGUCGGCGCCCUGAUCUCGGUCAUCUUCACCAUCAACUUCCAUUCUGGCGCACAGUACGGCCCUUCGCCAAGGGCUCAUUGGAUUGCACUCGCUACGAUAGCGGGCCUCUGCUUCCUGCUGUUCCUGGCUUCGAGGACGUGGCUCCGGCUCGUAACACACUUUGUCCCGGAGCCCUACCUUGAUGAGGUGUUCCAUAUACCGCAGGCGCAAAGGUACUGCGAUGGGAAGUGGCACGAGUGGGACGACAAGAUCACCACCCCGCCGGGCCUGUACGCCGUCACAGUCGCCUACCACAGGCUCACCCAGCAGGCCCAGUGCACCGUCUCCUCCCUGCGCGCCUUCAACGGCUGCGCCCUCUUCUUCGCGGCGGGCCUGGCGCUCUUCUCGCGGCAGCAGAGCGAGGGCCGCCUGCCGUGGCGGAGGGCCGAGCUGCCCCUGCCGCUGUCGCUCUACUCGCGCCUCACGGCCUUCAACGUCGCCCUCUUCCCCGUGCUCUUCUUCUUCUCGGAGCUGUACUACACCGACGUCCUCUCGACGACGGCGGUGCUGCUCUGCUACACGUGGUGCCAGUCCCGGACCGCGGGCCUCCUGUCCGGGCGGCGGAGGCCGUCCGUCUUUAGCGACCUCGUGGCCGUCGUCCUCGGCGUGGCUGCCCUGGCCAUGAGGCAGACCAAUGUCUUUUGGGUGGUCGUCUACAUGGGCGGCAUGGAGGCGGUGCAUGUGGUCCGGAACCUCGAGCCGCAGCCGGUGGAGAAGCCAGAGCUCGAGACGCUCGUCGAGAUGGUCAAGUUCUACGGUUGGAGGUACUCGGUCGGAGACGUCCACGAUCCGCCUUUGAGCAUCGCGUGGCCUCAUGACUGGGCUCUGUCGCUCCUCAGCAUCGGCAUCGCGGCGGCAUGCAACCCGAAGAAGGUCAUGUGCCGGAUCUGGCCGUACGUCUUGGUAGUGGCCCUGUUCGCCGCCUUCGUGGUCUGGAACGGCGGUGUCGUCCUCGGCGACAAGUCAAACCACGUCGCCACCCUGCACCUCGCGCAGAUGCUCUACAUCUGGCCCCUGUUCGCCUUCUUCUCGGCCCCGCUCCUCCUCCCGGUCUUCUUCUCCGCCCUCCAGACGAUCCGCACCGUGUUCUCACCGCCGCCCGGCGGCAGCGGCCCAGCAGCACGCCGCCGGGAGGAGGACAACCCCGAGAAGCAGCAGCAGCAGCAGCAGUCCGCCGCCCUCCGCCUCGCCACCUCCCUCUUCGCCGCCCACAAGCUCGGCUACAGCCUCGCCCUGCUGGCCGCCUGCGCGGGCGCCUUCCUCGGCGUCGUGCACUUCAACACCGUCGUGCACCCGUUCACCCUGGCCGACAACCGGCACUACAUGUUCUACGUGUUCCGGCACACCGUCCUGCGGGGCCGCGCGGUCCGCCUCGCGCUCGUGGCGCCCUACGUCGCCUGCUGCGCCGCCUGCUGGCUCGUCCUGGCGGGCUCGCCGCCGCCGCCGGGCAGCAUCGGCGCGCGCGGGCAGCAGCGGGAGGGGAGCACGCCGUUCGUCAACAGCCCCUUUCUCGAAGUGCCUCCGCUUCCUGCGGCGGCAUCAUCUAGUCCCACCACCACCACCACCGGUGCAGCCAAGAAGACCAACGACGAAACCACCGCUGCCGCGCCGGCAGCGACGGCCCCCGAGUUCGACACGUCCGACGUCGCGCUCAACCCGCCGCCGCAGACCUCGACGGCCCUGCUCUGGCUGCUCGCCGCGGCCCUGUCGCUCGUGACGGCGCCGCUGGUCGAGCCGCGCUACUUCAUCCUGCCCUGGGUCUUCUGGCGCCUCCUCGUGCCGGCGUGGUCGGUGCCGGCGCCGGAGGGCGUGCUGCCCCGGGCGUGGCGGGGUCUCGACCCGCGGCCCGUCCUGGAGACGCUGUGGUUCCUGGCGAUCAACGGCGCGACCAUGUACGUCUUCCUGGCCAGGCCUUUCCUGUGGAAGAACCCGGACGGCAGCGUGAUGGACGGGGGUCGGCUGCAGAGGUUCAUGUGGUGA